AUGACCGUUCAGACCGUCCCAGACCCCGUUCUCAAAAAGGGCGAGAUCCUUGUUGACGUCAAGGCUGCCGGCCUCAACUUUUUCGAUAUUCUUCAGGUCCAAGAAAAGUACCAGAUCAAGCCCCCAUAUCCUUAUAUCCCAGGAGCAGAGUUUGCAGGCGUAAUCUCUCAGAUUCAUCCUGACGCAAAGACGCCCUACAAGGUCGGCGACCGCGUCUUUGGCUCGACCCAAGGCUGCUACGCCGAAAAGCUGGUCUGCAAUCCUAAGACCCUCCUCCCCAUCCCUGACAACCUUUCGUUCGAACAGGCCAGUGGCCUCUUCAUCACCUAUCCCACCAGCUACGUGGCACUGGCGGUUCGCGCGCAAUUGAAGGCCGGAGAGUGGUGUCUUGUUCAUGCGGCCGCUGGGGGCGUGGGCCUGUGUGCGGUGCAGAUCGCCAAGGCCCUAGGCGCCAAAGUCAUCGCAACAGCUGGAUCUCAGGACAAGCUCAAUAUUGCGCUCAAGAAUGGUGCAGAUUAUGGCGUCAACUAUCGGGACAAGGACUGGGCGACUCAGGUGCUCAAGAUCACAGGAGGCCGUGGCGCCGAUGUCGUCUAUGACCCUGUUGGACUAAUCAACGAGUCCCUUCGAUGCAGUGCUUGGUGCGCUCGUGUCCUGGUCGUGGGCUUUGCAGCGGGAACGAUUGAAAAAAUUCCUGCGAACCGUAUCCUGCUCAAGAACGUCUCUGUGGUUGGCGUUCACUGGGGUGCGUAUGCGAAAUACGAUGUGGCGACUGUCGCCCAAGUCUGGAAGGAGCUGUUGGAUCUAUUUGCAAAAGAAAAGUUGGUCCCUGUGGUCUAUGAGAAGAUAUAUCAAGGAUUGGACUCUGUCAAGACGGGAUUGAACGAUCUUGCUGCCCGAAAGACCUUUGGCAAGGCCGUUGUCCACAUCGGGGGAGUCACUCCUGCCAACAGCAAACUGUAG